AUGAAAGCUGAUUAUGAAGAGCAUGACGCUAUUCUGAUCGCUCGUUGCAUGAUGCAGAUCAAGGCCAAGUUCGAUACUGACGAAGGUCUGAACUUCAUCCAACAGUAUUACAUCAAUCAAGGACUGAAGAAGUUUGGUGAUGAUGGAAAGGAUGCUAUGGAUACGGAAUUGAGAAAAAUGCUCCUGAGAGAUUGUUUCACUCGCAAAUUUGUGAAAGACAUGACCGCGUCUGAGCAAAAGAAGGCCCAAUCAGCGAUGAUGUUACUUGUGGAGACGCAAUUGGAAAAGACAAUCAGUGCUGAGUACCGUCAAAUAUUCCAGACUACUGUUGCAAGGGGACUUUAUGUCAAUUAG